AUGAAUGGAAGGAUAUUUGUUCCUGCUCCAGCAUUCAUGAUGCAAAGAGAUCCUAACCAAUCAAGUAUAUUUGUCCAUAACCAACCAACGAAAAAAGUAACCACAGUCCUUACAAAUCUUCAACGUCGUAAUGUACAAACGCUUAAAGUAGACACCCCCGCCUCUCUAAAUAUCUUCCAAAUGGCCGCUCAGGGUGAAAUUCUCCUUCUUGAGAUUGAACUGAAUAAAUGUCAGUCUAACAUUGACGUACGCGACAAGAAGGGUUUUACUCCACUUCUAUGGGCAAGUGCGAAUGGUCAGAAAACGAUUGUAGAAUUACUUCUUUGGCGCGGUGCCGAUGCGUUUGCACGAGGAAUAAAUGGAGAAACAGCCCUUUUAUUAGCUGCAGCUAGGGGACAUCACGAAGUGGUACACUACUUGCUUCGCGCUGGCUAUGAUGUCAAUGAAAGCGACGAAUUGGGCAACACGGCGCUCAUGUUUGCCACAUUUAACAACCACAUAGCCAUGGUGACGCUACUUCUUGAUUGGGGAGCUGAUAUAACAGCUCAGAAUGCUGACGGUUGGGAUGCCUUACAGAUUGCUAGGCGACGUAGAGCUAAAGCAAGCAAAUUGGCCAUCGAGCGGUAUAUUAUAAGUCUUUUAUCAGGAGACAAGCACAAGCCACGACCAAUGUUAUAUUGA